AUGGCCGAAAAGGAAGGUGGCAUUGUGAAGAAAGGCCACGAAGAUGGCCUAAAAAUGGCGGUUUCAAUCCUAGAAGAGUUUGAGCUCCCUUUGGGACUCCUCCCUCUAGUCAAUGUGAUCGAAGUAGGGUUUGUAAAGAGUACUGGGUACAUGUGGAUUGUUCAAGAAAAGCAAGUCGAGCACGAGUUCAAGACGAUUAGCAAGCUGGUGAGCUAUGACUCUAAUAUCCAUGGCUAUGUGGAGAAGAAGAGAAUCAAGAAGCUCAAGGGUGUGAAGGCCAAGGAGCUUGUGUUGUGGCCCCCGGUCAGCGAGAUUAGUGUUGAUGAUCCACCGACCGGGAAAAUCCACUUCAAGAGCCUUGCAGGGAUCACCAAGACAUUUCCUGUGGAGGCUUUUGCUGCUGGACAGUAA